CCACUCUAUCCAAUUGCACAUCAUCAUGCCUCGCCCCACCAUGCUCCGCGACUAUUCGAUCAAUGGCAACCCACCUCGCGAGCGAUGGUUCGCGGUCCUCAUCGGCAUACGCUACAGGGAUCACCCGAACGAGGUUCAGCUAGAGCACACGCACGAUGAUGUAGAUCAGUUCAGAAGAUUGUUGAUUGACAUCGGUUACCCCGAGGAGAACAUCAGAGUGUUCAUGGAUGGCGAUGAUGACCCUCCGGAUACCCUUCCGACGCGCACGAACAUAAUCGUGGGCAUCAAGUGGCUCGCGGAAAGGGCAACGCGCGACCCGGAGAACGGAUACAAGCUAAUGUUCUACUAUGCUGGUCAUGGUCAUCAGCAGGUUGACCCUACUCAUAAGGAGAAGGAUGGACUUAAUGAGGCAAUAGUUCCGAUGGAUGCCAAUAUUCGCAUCGAGAAGACUUUGGAGGGUGGCCGUGGUAGGGGGAAGGGAAGAUACCGAAAGAGGGCGCCGCGCUUCCGGGUAAUCCCCAACAACGUCGAAGAUAAUGGCUGCAUCAUCGACGACGAACUCAACGAGCUCAUGGCUAAGCCCCUUCCCGCAAGGAAUCGGCUUGUAGCAAUAUUUGACUGUUGUCAUUCCGGGACCGCUCUAGAUCUCAAGCAUGAAUAUCUUGCCAGCGAGGUGCCCUUCAGCUUCCGCUGCCUGUUCAAGCACAGAUUUCCCCAAUUCGCUAAAGCUAUUCGUUGGAAAACCAAGACAGACGAACUUUCGGAGCUCUAUGAUCCCGUUCUAGGACUGCGUCUUCUUCCCAUGUCGUCGCGUCGGCAUUCUUUGCCUUGUACGAAGGUCUCUGUGACCCGUGCAUUCGGCUUGGAACGAGAUCAGACGAUUGGAAAAGGCGUCGGCAUGGUCGUUUCGACAUCGCGCUGGACGUUCUCCGGUGUCCGCUGGGUUUACGGACAGAUGUUCUGCCGGUCUCAGAGGACAGUGCCGGGUGGUGUGAGCAACGACGAAUCAUAUCCAGCAGCUGCAUCGAUUUCCACCACUUUGUCUCAGGUCGAUGCAUAUCCAGUUGGCCUGAAAGGCCAGCACGAAAUUCUGGCAAAGAAUUUCAAGAUAUCAUCCAGGUUCAACAUGCUACGGCACUUUCUUUCCGGUUCCAGCCGCCAGCCGGAGUCAGCAAGCUCUGCCCUCCAUCGAACAAUCCCUGCUUCACCACCGGAGACAUUGUAUCAUGAAGAAAGCGUGGUAUUCGGGACAUUCCUGCAGCUUGAAGAACGCGUUAAACUCAGCGAUGACGAUGUGGUGGCCGACGUCAUCGCCAUCGGGGCAUGCUCAGAUGAUGAAGAGACCUUGGACAGCCGAAGCCUGGCUAAAGUCCUGGUUCGCUUCUACAACGGAAAUCUUGCGCAAGGCGUAACUUAUGCAGAACUGUUCUUAUGGUUAAGUCGGAGAGCAAGCCCAAAAAGGCCGGAGUUGUCAUCCUCACGGGAAAUGACCCGGGAACGUUGGGGGCAAUUUUUUGAUCUAUAAGCCGACACACCUCGUGUGUCCUGUGUUUUUCCUUGACUGCGGAAAUUUUGAUCUGCCGUUUCUGCUCUGCCUCGAGUUCAUUUUGUUCGCCCCAAGCUGCUUCCUCUGUAUAGUAGAUAUUCACGGACCAGGCAUUGGCACGAAGGGCGCUAAUCCGUUUUGUAUUGUAUUGUACAACCCUAACC